AUGGCGGCCAAGAAUCUCUCUCUACAUUCCCUCUUCUCUCUCCUCAUCCUCCUCUCUCUCCACCCUCCAACGUCAUCCCAACUCCACCGCAACUACUCCUCCACCUCCCUCCUCCGCCAGCAAAUCUCCCACUACUCCACCGUCCCCGGCGGCGGCGAGUGGAUGCUUCUCCAGCAAUCAAUCGGCGUAUCCGCAAUGCAUAUGCAGCUUCUCUACGACAACAAAGUCAUCAUCUUCGACCGCACCGAUUUCGGCCUCUCCAACCUCACCCUCCCGCCGGGGGAGUGCCGCGGAAACGACGAGGCCGUCCCCGUCGACUGCUCCGCGCAUUCUCUCCUCUACGACGUCACCACCAACACCUUCCGCCCGCUCAUCGUCCAGACCGACGUCUGGUGCUCCUCCGGCGCCCUCAACGCUGACGGAACCCUAAUCCAAACCGGCGGAUACCACGCCGGCGAUCACAAAAUCCGCCUCUUCAUGCCCUGCACCUACGGCCAGUGCGAUUGGAUCGAGCUGAAGCAGAAUUUGACCGUCCAGCGAUGGUACGCCUCCGAUCAAAUCUUACCGGACGGCCGCAUCAUCAUCCUCGGCGGGAGAAGAGCUUUCAGCUACGAAUUCUUCCCCAAAAAUGAAUUCACCGCCACCGUUAGGUUUCCGUUCCUCAAAGAAACCACCGAUCCCAAGGAAGAGAAUAAUCUUUACCCCUUCCUCCACCUCUUGCCCGACGGAAACCUCUUCGUCUUCGCUAACCGCCGCUCCGUUUUGUUAGAUUACAACAAUAACAGAAUCGUCAGACAAUUCCCGCCGAUUCCCGCCGAGAAGAGGUCGUAUCCGGCUACCGGAUCCUCCGCGAUGCUGCCGCUGAAGCUGACGGGGGGGAACGAUUCUGUGGCGGUGGAUGUGAUGGUUUGCGGCGGCGCGUGGGGUGGAUCGUAUUUGAAGGCAAUGAGAGGUAUAUUCAAUUUGGCGGCAAAAUCAUGCGGGAGGAUCCGGGUCACGGAUCCGGACCCGAAGUGGGAGAUGGAGGACAUGCCGAUGGGUCGGGUCAUGGCCGACAUGCUGCUUCUCCCAAGCGGAGAUGUGAUCAUUCUAAACGGAGCGGCCCGGGGCUCAGCCGGGUGGGAGUGCGCGUCUGACCCGGUGUUGAAUCCGGUGAUGUACCGACCCGACGAGCCAGACCCGACCCGGAGAUUCACGGUGCUCAACCCGACGACGAUCCCGAGGCUGUACCACUCAGCAGCCACGUUGCUGCCAGAUGGCAGCGUGUUAGUGGGCGGGAGCAACCCGCACGUGAGGUACAACUUCACAGGCGUGGAGUACCCCACGGAGCUGAGCCUGGAGGCGUUCGCGCCGCCGUAUCUCGGCGCGGCGUACUCGCACCUCCGCCCUUCGAUCCUGUCGAUAGAGGGGCCCGCAGACGGGGUCGUAUCGUACGGUCAGCAAUUCGCCAUCAGCUUCGGGCUGGGGCUGUUUCAGGAUGUGGCGAGGUGCAUCGUGACAAUGGUGGCCCCCUCCUUCACCACGCACUCGUUCGCGAUGAAUCAGAGGCUGCUCGUGUUGUACAUUGAGAACGUGCAACAGCUCUCUUCCUUCGAUUAUAAGGUCACCGUGCGCGCGCCGCCAAAUGCCAAUGUUGCCCCGCCGGGUUAUUAUAUGCUGUUUGUGGUGCACCAGGGCGUACCAUGUCAUAGCGUUUGGCUCAGAAUUAGCUGAGCCGGUGCUAAAUGAGUAAAAUGUAAAAGUAGGAGGACUGAUGUGGAAAUAUUUUGUUUCUGCCGAUUUUUGGAAGAUGAUGAUAAGAAAAUUCAUGUUGUA